UUCGGCUUUUGCGUUGUUGUUUGGAUUGAUAAAAGCCGGAAAAUGUUUAAAAAACUAAAGCCUGGAGGAAGCGAAGAGGAUGUUCUGCGUAUGGCCGCGGAAUUUAAUGCUGAGCGUCAGAAAAAUCCAAAUUUCCAACCAGCGGCCACAGUUGUGCGUGUGGAAAAGCCGGCCGGAAAAUCAUUGUUUGCACAAAAGCGAGAGCUUAAUAAACUCAAGAGCCAAGGAGGUUCAACAAUCGCCCCGGAAAAUGUAGCACAUGAUAAAAAAUUGGAAGAUGUUAAAAGUAAACAAAUACUGCUCGAUGAAAUACACGAGAAUAUGCUGGGAGAUGUGCGCGGUAGUAAAGUAGAUUUCGAUCUGAUAAAUAACGUGGUUGGUGAAAUUGUUGAAAGAAGAGAAGGAGUGCCGCGGCAAGCGGCGAAAGAACACCAGCUAAAUCAACAGAAAGGCAACAGGUCGAAAAGUAUUUUUGCACAAAAAUUCAAUGCAAAUCAAAAGUUGACUGUAAGCAGACAAAAUGAUUCACAAAAUAUUAAACAUGAUAAGACACUGCCAGUAGCCAGCGCUAUUGUCCAAGAUGCAAAACUAUCCAACGAAAUACACGCCGAAAAUCUGAAUAUACUCAGCCAAAUGCGCGAGGAGGAAAUCCUGGCAGAGCGACAAAAGUUGCUGAGCUCUCUGGAUCCUGCUUUGAUUGAGCUGCUGGUCAAAAAGCGUCAAAGCCAAAAGGCUAAUCCAACUAUGCCUAAGCCCUUGCCCACUGAGCUCCAGCUUUCACCAGCGCCAACUACUUUAACCGACUCGAAUCCGGCACACGAGCUGCUACAGCAAAGUGAUGAGGGCAAUUGGUUAAAUUUCAAUUUGAUUGAGGAGCACAAAUUGGCCUGGAUGCGUGAUAUACCCGCGAGAAUAGCACAGAUUAAGCCUGGACAACAGUUUAAUGCUCGCUUCGAUUGGAAGGGCGUUUUGUUGCCACACUCACUUGAGGAGCUGCCACAGAAUGUGGAUGAUCGUGAAUUGUAUUUGCAUGGUGAGGAGCCUGAGCGGCCGGGCUACACGCUGCAGGAGCUCUUUCGUUUGGCACGAUCAACGGUGUUGCAGCAAAGGAUUUCUGCAUUUGGCGCGAUUGCUGGCAUAUUCAGCAUUUAUAAUCAGGGCUUCUACGACCAGGUGCUUACGCUGCCCAUUUCCAAAAUAUUCUUUCUGCUGCGUUUUGGACUGGAUGACAAUACACCGGCACAACUAGAAGUGGUGAGCAGGGCUUUGGCUCGACUGUUCUACAAUGAAACGGAUGAAGUUCUCCUGGAUCAUAUCCAUGAGAAUGCAUAUUGCCAUUGGCAGCCAACGCUGCAGGUGCUGACCGAUGGCGACGACACAAGCGAGUCAACAUCGGUAGCCUUUCUGCAACGUUACAUGACACUGUUGCGCACAAAUUCUAAAGCUGUAAGAGCCGAUGUUGAUGAGGAUCAGGCGGAAAGCGAUAGCCGUAUGUCCAUGGAUGACUUUCAGCUGGCCGAAACGGAUCUGAUGAGUUGCCUGAUGCGAACGAAUAUUUUACAACGUAUUAGCUUUAUAUUGAGCUCAGUGCGUCCUGAAAACAGCACAGUCGAGUCCUGUCUAAAGCUGCUCAUUCGCAUUGCACGCACAAAUUUGGAAGUGGCCCGGCAAUUGGUUCAGGAAAAACAACUUAUGAAUGUAAUUUUGCUCAACUUCAUGCCCAAAAUAACGCAGUCAGCUGCUACCAGUACAGCACAGCCUUCAAUCUACGGCCAUCCGCAGUAUCUGUGCUUGAAGCUGCUGCGUGUUUUGAUCUGCCAGCACCUGGACAUAGCUAAGCAGUUGGCGGAUGGUACGCUUAUCCAGAGAUUAAAAGACUUUUUAUACUAUCGUGAUAAUAUAAGGGGUAAAUUAAUUCGUGUUCAAAUUGAAGCGCUGCGCAUUUUACGCUGUCUGCUGCUGCUGGGAAUUAUAGAUCGUGAAUUGUUCAAGCAAUUCCUACCUGCUCUGCGUCAGACGCUUGACUGGCACUAUAAUCAUUGCGUAUUCGAAGUGGGCGGUCCGGCGCUUAUACGACAGCACGCAGCUGCCCUGAUGGUUGCCAUUGUGGCCAGUGGCGAGUGCGGUGUGUGUGACAUAGAAGCGCAACAACUAUUACUAGAGCCAUUGCAUAACUGUUGCUGCAGCUGGCUGCACAAGGCGACGCGUGGUGAGGGACUCAAGGAUUACACACAGCUGACGCUCUUAAGUGCUUUGCUCUAUGCUGUGGGUUGGUUCUCACGCCAUGGCUACCUCGGGGCAGCGUCCUUUCAACAGUUCCUGCGCAAAAUUCUGCCGGAAUUCGUUUGCUCCACUGGAUUUGUUGCAUGUGUGCAACAGUUGGCCAAGAGCUCUAUAAUUUUGCGCAACAUCAGUGAUCGGCGCAAUGUGCAUGGCCCGUUGCCAAACGUGGGGGCGGUCUUGAUGAACGACUACGGGCCGCAGCUUAUUGUAAGCGAUACAUAUCCAGUGCAAUUGCUGAGCAAUAUCUGGGCUUUGCUUGAGCCGCCGCUGGAGGAUGGGAUGAAGCCACUCUUUGAAGCUCUGCUACAACCCGCUGUGCUGGAGCCCUUGGCAGAGUAUUUAAAGCAGUUGAGCACCCGGCUAAAUCGUUUUCUGGCCAGCAACUUUUUUGCUCGCAGCGAACUGAAGCUUGUCCAUCAACUACUCAGCACCGAUGGCUUUGAAACCUAUUUGACACGCACUCAACUGCUGCAGGUGGUCUAUAACUAUCUGUGCUCCCUAAGCACUGCGCAGGCCAAGCAAAUGAAAAGCAUAUUCGAUCGGUACAUUUUUAGCGGGCAGUACGUGGAGUUGGAUUCAAAGUCGUUGCAGCUGCUACAAGAAACAUGCAUGGAAAUUGUCUACUCACAUUUUAUAGCUGACAACAAGGAUCCUACGCUGACGCUCUGCUAUACUCAAGCGCCUGUGCUGAUGCCAGAUUGGCCGUAUUUUCAACUGCGACUGCUACUUAACAAUUAUUUGCAAAAUGUGCAGCAGGUUCCUGCGGUUAUAUAUUCAGAGAAUCAGGUGGUGCGCAUGACCUUCAGCUUUGUAGAGCAGCUGGAGCAGCAGGGCUUACAAAUUGUCAGCCCACUCGAGAAGUUAAUGUAUCUGAUGAUAGCUUUUAUGGGUCCCGACAGUCAGUUUCUGGAGCCAGAGCUACACAAGCUGCUGCACAAGCAACUGAUAGAUUUCAACUCGCGGAAUAAAAACCACUUUUUCGACUUUGAGGCUACGUUUGAGGACAAGGCCAAUUUCGAGCCGCUCUACUAUCUGUUUGUAAACCAUUUUGAGGCGGCCAGCUAUGGCGACGAGCUGUUUAGCUCAUUAGUGCUGCUCCCGCUGGCGCAAAAGUAUGAUAAUAAGUGGCGUCGCCGAAUCUGGUCCGAGCACGUACAGGCUAUGCGCUUUUUAAAUUGUGACGAGAGUUUGUUGAUUGGAGGUCUGGAUGCUUAUCUAGAGCCCGUAGAGGAUGAACCCUCGCUGGUUAAACUCUAUGGAGAUGCACUGCAGCGUCAGCUAGUGCGGCCUGGCAGCAUUGCCCACACAAUUGCCAAGCAUCAUUUCAACAAUUCAGAAGCAAUACAGAAAACAAAGACAUUUUGAACAGCUGCAUAAGAGUCGAAUAUCUUUAUGAACAUUAAUGUUACUUUAUGAAACGUCUCCUUGGGCUAACUUUGUUGCCGUGAUAUAGUUUGUAAAUAAUUCAAAACGAAAUGCAUAUGUAUAAUUGACUCAUUAGCUUAUAAGUUGCCAGGCGACCGGGCUUGGAUUUCGAUUAUAGGGUCUGUAGGCCAAGGCCUAAAUAGAUUACGCAGAAAACAAUUAA